GGAGAGGGAGAGAGAGAGAGUUAACAGGGAUUCAUGGAGCAUGUCACGGCAUCAGUGUUUUCAAAGUCUUCUUGUCCACGAUGCACUUUAGGAUUUCAAUAAGAUGCGUGUGUAUUUCCAGAUAAUCAGUUUCUUCCUCGCCGUAAACUUUUACAGCCAGCCGCUCCGAGCUCAGGAUCCCUCCUGUUGCCAACAUGCUGCCGAGUUCUCGCCUUGCAAAGAAGCUUGUGACCAGCUCGCCACUAUAAAGAGUGAGUCUCGUCUGAAGCAUCUCCUCCAGAGGUUACCCAGCUACUGUCCAGAGUUGAUGAAUGAACUUUGGAUGUGUAUCAACUCCACACUUCCAGGAGUAUCCAGGAAGUCAGACGGCUGGGUGGGGCUGGGUUGCUGUGAGCUGGCUAUCUCAGCUGAGUGUCGCAGGGAAUGCAGACAGGCAUCGUCUAAAAAUGAUAUAACAAAAGUAUGCAAAAAAGUCACAGAGAACUCGCUCUACAGCUGCAUCUCCAAAAAUGAAAUGGGCUCAACAUGCUGCAGCUAUGCGGGGCGUCACACCACAUGCAGGGAGUACUGCCAGGCCAUCUUCAGGACAGACUCGACCCCCACUGUGUCCCAGAUCAACGCUGUCAAAGAGUACUGUCAGAGUCACAGCACUCAGCUGCUCGGCUGCGUCACCAACUUCACCAAGUCUUACCCCAUACGCAGCCCUAUAGACAGUCUGUACUGCUGUGACCGAGCAGAGGCCACGCACUGCCAGGUGGCAUGUCGGCGGAUCCUCCGCACCAUGAGCACGGAGCACGAGAUCAUGGAGGGUCUGAUCGAGGAGUGCGGCUCCCAGCCUCUCCCUCAGGAGCCCAUGUGGCAGUGCUUUCUAGGCAGCGCCCACCCUCCCUCCCCACCUGAAGAGGAGACCCCCCACCCCGCCAAGAUGGACUGUGCCAAGCUGCACUGCUGCUCCAAGGCCAACACGUCCCUCUGCAGGGACAUGUGUCAGGAGAUCAGCACUAACUGCAGCCAGACUUGGCAGGACUUUGACCAGCUCUGUGAGUACAACCCGGUGGAGACGGAGCUCAUCAACUGCCUGGCUGAUGUCAGAGAGCCCUGUCAGCUGGGCUGCAAGGACCUCACCUACUGCACCAACUUCAACAACAGGCCGACAGAGCUGUUCCGCAGCUGUAACGUCCAGUCAGACCAGGGCGCCAUGAACGACAUUAAGCUGUGGUCCAACGGGACAAUCAAGAUGCCGUUCAUGAACAUCCCUGUGCUGGACAUCAGGAAGUGCCUGCCGGACAUGUGGAAGGCUGUGGCCUGCUCGCUGCAGAUCAAACCCUGCCACAGCAAGUCCAGAGGGAGCGUCAUAUGCAAGUCAGACUGUGUGGACAUCCUUACCCAGUGUGGAGACAGGAAACGCUUCCAUGAAGGACAAACUCCAGAAAGGAUCUGUGAGCUGCUGUCACCCAUUGAUGACCCUGAACGCUGCAUCCCUCUCCACAGAUACCUCACCCCCAGCUCCCUCGGCAACAACAUCGUAGAGGAGGUCAUCCAUCCAUGCAACCCCAACCCCUGCCCCAGCAACCACCUCUGUCAGGUCAACAGGAAGGGCUGCCUCGAUGAACUCAACUGUCAGCCAUACCUUUGUGUACCAGGCUGUAAACUGGGCGAGGCCUCAGAGUUUCUGGUGCAGCAGGACGCCCGUAUCCAGGUGCCCACUCGCACUGGUCCUGCUGGGUGCUACGAGGUGUGCAGCUGUGGUCCCAGCGGGCGUCUGGAGAACUGUGUGGAGAUGCCCUGUGUGGACACCAACAAGCCGUGCAUCGUGGGAGGACAGAGGAAGAGCCACGGGACGUCCUUCAGGGUCGACUGCCACACCUGCUCCUGCUUCGCCGGUGACACCAUCUGCUCAACCAGAGAAUGUCUCGGCAUCGACAGUUCCAACGAGGAGCGCAGACAAUUUACCGGCCUCCCCUGUAGCUGUCCAGACCGCUUUGUCCCUGUGUGUGCGUCUAACGGGCGAACCUACCCCAGCGCCUGUGUGGCUCGCUGUAUGGGUUUCAAGGACCAUCAAUUUGUCUUCGGCCGCUGCCGCCUGUCCAACCCCUGCAUCAGCAAGCCCUGCCAGAGAAACCAGAGGUGCAUCCCAAAGUAUCGCGUGUGUCUGAGUGACUCGUCAGAUUGCCCGCAGUACGAGUGCGUCGGCCGGCCCGGAGCCUGCGAUAAGAACAGCGUGGAGCCGGUGUGUGACACUGACGGAAUGGUCCACGCCAGUCUGUGCCAGAUGCAGCAGGCUGGGAAAACCCUGGCCUACAUGGGCCACUGUCAAGACGCCUGUAGGAAGCCUCAGCAAGUUUGUGGCCAUAACGGCGAGACCUACGCCACAGUGUGUGAUGCCUUCUCGGACCGCGUGGCUGUGGACUACGAGGGCUCAUGCCACGCUGUGGGGGCCGUGUCUGAUGUGGCCCCAGAGUCUGCGUGCAGUGUCAUACCCUGUCCACCUCUGUCUGCUCCAGGCUGCCAGCCUGUCACUCCACCAGGGGCCUGUUGUCCGAUAUGUGCCAGUAUGCUGCAGAUCCUCUGGAACAAAGAGCAGAUGAACACUUUCUCUAAGCUGAAUAAGAACCAGCCUGUGACGGUCCACGACGUCCUGCAGAUCCUGCGUCUUCAUGUCUCUGUGCCACAGUGCGAUGUCUUUGGCUACCUGAGCAUCAACCACGAGCUGGUGGUCCUCAUCACUCCGGUGGACCAGCAGCCAACACCCCUGCAGAUCGAAGCCUGCAGUAAGGAGGCCGAGAAGAUCGAUUCCCUCAUCAACUAUGCCAGCCCUACGCUUGUCUCCCACGUCCCCCUUUCUGCCUUCCUCAUGUCCGAGAUCAAGACCUCCUCCAUCCGCUCAUCUGGGGGCGCUCUGCCUUCACCUCUGUCACCAGGGCUGUGCCUCCUCCUGGGCCUCCUCAUCACUGCAGCCCCUACUGCCCUCCACCAGGUCUAAUUAUCCCUAUCUAGCCUCUCUCACUAACUUUUGAGUGUUCCAAAGUACCCCCCACCUUCUGCCCCUCUUCCCAGGAUGAUGGGGAUGUUAUGAGGUGAGUGUAUUCAGUGGCGAAGGAAGAAGCGGUGGUGACGCCUUUUUCGACAAUCAUUCCUAUUGACUCACCUGCGUGCCAAACAAUCAAGGCGGUGGAAAAGCUAUUAUUUUGAAAAGCUUUUGUAUCAACAGUGUUAUUCAGUGGAAGAGUUAGUCACUGGGUCUCCCUCCAGUGAAGUGUGCUUAAGUGUGUGUGUGUGUGUGUGUGUGUGUGUGUGUGUGUGUGUGUGUACGUGCGCGUGCAUGUGUGUGUGUGUGUGACCUUUAAGAAGCAUUUGACUUCAUACCAGCAGUGUUUAUCCAUUAGUCCCAGCAGCAAGCUCUCCUCUCGAAGCUGUCAAGUGGGAUGUAAAUUUCAUGACUCACUCUGUCUUGCGUUGAGGCUUUGUGUGUGGGUUUAUGUGUGAGUGUGUGUGUUUGUGCAUGUGUGUGUGUCUGAUUGAAUUUCGGAGACAGACGAGGACAAAACAUCCCCGUCUGGCAGCACAUCUGUCUAACAAAUUACCCAAAAUUCCCUCAGCCACACACACUUUUACACACACACACACACAGAUUGGUGUCACUCAGUCCAGACUUCAGUGUAAACCAACUAUUAGAUGGAGUCUGAUUCCAGUGAUACUCUUCAAGCCUCCGGUUACGAGAAUGCACAGUCUGUACCCCAGUGUACUGUAUAUACAUGUGAGGUGUAUAUGGACCUCGUCUUUGAACCUCUAACCUCAGCAGUAUUAGUGCCAUGCUCAUGGACUGAGCCAGCUCAGACGAAACGAAUCCAGCCUCCAAAGUCGGUUCCAAGUACUGACCAAACAAAGUUACAGAAAGUCAAUCAGAAAUGUUGAAAUAUUAAGGGAGGCCUGCUUGUGUUCUGUUUCACGCAGCAGCGCAGUGAGGCAGAUCAGAGCUGAAGCUGUGGUCAGGGGUGUUAUUGGUUAGAUGUCAGUUUUACCUGACGACAUGAGGCUUUUCUCCUGGUAACACUUUAUCUGAUUUUCUAUUCAUGAACUAUCAUUCAUACAUUAUAAGUACACUCCCAGUGCAUGAAAAACAAAAAUCAAAACAUGAUGUAAUAUUUACAAUGACAAUAAUGUGUCACAGAAAAAGAAAAAGGAGUAACAAUUAAUUCUAUCAUAAAAGAGCAGCUAAUGUCCGUACCAGUGUCGCCUGAUAACUCAAGUUGUGAGUACUUCUGCUAAGCGUUUUCCAAAGUGUAACAUAAUAGAUUUCCUACUUUUUAGCUUGUUUCACAGCCAUGUUAGCAAGGGCAUAACUUUGGUUUGAGAGGCUGUGCAUUCAGUGAUGCUUCAAAAGUAGUAAUGCACAGUGCCUUGUUGUCAAAAAUUUACAUCCAGUAGUCAAAUUAAAAUAUUUUUUGCAUGAAAAAGAUUGAGUUUUAGUCCAUGCUUACAGCGGCAUGACAUGAUAAUUUAGCUCUAAGACAGAAAUCAGAGGGUUCAUUGUGAUGGAUGACCCAUCUCACACUUUGCAGUUCUACAAGUUGUUAUUACAGCGUUGUGAAAUGAACUGAAACCAAUCGCUGUCUGGAGGAAACAAUUUAAAAUUUGAUUGUGUGCUUUGGCAAAUGGUCGACAAGAAUGCUGAGCAGUUGAUUUGUAAUUGAAGGAAUACUUUGCCAGUUCAUUGUUGCAUUUUCAUGAAGUCAGAGGACUUGCAAAAGCUUUUAAUGGUCAACAUGAGAUAUCCUGACUUUUAGUCCCUUGAAUUGGAUUCUGAAAUUUCCAUAACCCAUUUUACCAUGAAAUUUUUUGGAUCCUCAUUGUUUGAUAAACGCCAGCAUCCUCAUAUAGUUUUUAUGCCACCAUGCUGGAGUCAGCUGAGGCUGGAGGCAUUAUGUUUUUGGGUUGUUCAUUGGUCAAAGGUCAGUGUCAGGGUGACCUUACAAACCAUGUUUUUGGCCAUAAAUCGAGAAUUCUACACUCAAAUUUCACACAAAUAUCUAAUUGGAUAUAAUGAUUAAAUUCUGACUUUUAUAGCAAGGAAGUCAAAGGUCAACUGGUAAAUCAUAACGGUAUGCAAAAUCACUUUUCUGGCCAUUACCCAACAUCAUAAGUCAGUAACAGAAUGAGAGACAUUUGAUCAGACACUAAAUUGGGAACACUAAUCUUUGGUGUCCUCCUUGAAACUGUGUUGAAUGAAUGGAUUAACCGCUUACUGAAGAAGUGUGUGAAGCAUCCAUGUUUUCACAGACAUGGACUAUGUGAGUAGUUCUUGCUUAGUCUCCAAGACUAAGCAGCGAUAACCCCAACAACAUCAUUUAUUGGACCAAUAAAUUAUUAGCAAAUUGGGUAAUGUCUCUUUAGUGGGCCACAACAUGCCAAAUCAUUGUAUUCCUUCACAUUUGUUGAAACAGCUGAAGUGAAGUUUGAGGAGCCGCUGUUAAUAAAGUGUUACCAGGACGUCCCCCAGCAGAAAAGCCCUGACCACCCCUCCCUUUGUGUGAGGCCAGUAGCUCUGAAAGGCAUUAAAGGGAUGCUUCCUGUCUGUACAUAUGAACUAGAAGCCAUGUAAUAACAAAAGGACAAUCACAUAGUCACUACCCACAAUCCAUUUUGGGUAGGGAAGAUUUCCACAGUAUGCCUUGCAUAUAGUGUCUUAUAUGAAGUAAUAAUGAAAAUGCAAUAACUUUAUAUUUGUUAAGAAGUGUCUCUAUAUUUGAUGUGUAUCUGGAUUGAGAUAAUGAUCGCUUAUGUGCCAUGUUUUUUUUUUAAGCAAGUAGCUGUUAUUCUUUAUUGCAUGAUGACAAUUAUGAAGUGUUUUUACUCCAGAAUGUACUACAGUGUGUGUGUUGUCCCGUCUCUGUGUGUUUGUCUCUCUGCCUGUACAGCACAAUGUGUCCCCGUCUCUAACAGUAUUACUGUGCUAGGCAGCUCUGUAGCGGAGAACCCUCACCACGGCUCCUCCAAAUAUUAUUAUUUGUAUUAUUAUUAUUUUUAAUAUAAAUAUGGUUGUUAUGUUUGUGUCCUCUGGAGCCACCAGGAACUUGGUUACUUGUCUUCAGUGUUUAAUUUGAUUUAUUGCCACAUUAGAAAAAAAAGAGUUCACACAUUCAAAACUUAAAAGUUAUAAAGACUAAUUGUUUCCUGCUACAGUUUCUCAGAUUAAAGAAUAGUUAAGCAUUUUGGGAAAAAGUACAGACAUGAUGUCUGGUUAGCUUAGCUUAGCUUAGCUUAGCUUGAACACUGAAAGCAGGGGGAAGAGUUAGCCUGUCCAAAGUUAAAUGUAGCCAUGAAAACACUUCUAAAGCUGACUAACUAACAUUUCAUUCACCGAAAAAGAGAAAUGCAAAAAAAAAAAAGACAAUGGGAAGUUUUAGGGAGUAUACUUGUUGGAUUAAGACAAACAGUAGUUCUUCAUGUGCUAAUGUUAGCAUUAGCUCCAUCAGUUGAUUACCAAACUUUUUUUUUUUAAUUUCUCAGACUAACUUAUAUGAAGAUGACAAUCCAGCAAAAUGAUCCUGAAUAGCAUUAGAUGGCUACAUAUCUGAUGAUGAAGUACUCUGUACUGACUUAAAAAUACAAGCUGAAGCUACAUGUUCCAGGUAAAAAGUCAGCUCUCUCAACUGUUGGUGAAUCCUGAGACAAAAAAAACACUGUAUCACAUAAUAGUUUUUACGCUAAAAUUUAUUUUUUUUCUAACAAUACAUUGUUCAAACCCUCCCAAUUCUAUCAAAUGCUGGGUGUUGCAUACUGUGAUUGGACAAAGAUUCCAGGGAGGUGCUUAACAGACAAUCAUUGAGCCUUAGCAACCUGUUCUAUUUCCCAGGUCCCCAAAUACUGAGGCUUUGUCACACCACUUUGUCUCAUAGCGAUGCACAUGGCACCCUUUAGCAUAUCUAUGUGAUGUACAGCUGAAACACAUUUACAUGGUUAAUGUUGUGAAGCAGUCAUGGUUAAGUUUAAGAUAAAUUAAAAUAUUUGCUUUUCCACUGCACCAAAAAAAACCAAAAAAAAAACGCUGAUGUAUGGCUUUGUAAAAAAACACCCACAUCAAAUGACUCUGAGUCACUGUUAUUUAUUGCCUCAGGCUCUGAUCAGCAUUGAAGAAAAUACAACACCAGGUGAACAUGUUCAAACGUUGAUCCAAAUUAGUCUGCACUAAGUUAAAAAAAAAAAAACAAAAAAAACAGACUGAGUCAGUUCGAGAUAUAGAAAAAGAAGCAACCACCAUAAAGUUUUCACAGACCUCCAUGCUGCUUUCUGUUUCCUAACCUGUUCCGCAGGGUGCCCGUUAACACAGCUCUGCUCUACUGGCAGUGGGAAAGAAAGAGUAUUUUUAACGGAUAUACCUGAGUUUAAAAUACUUGCGUAAACAUGGUCAUUUUCUCAGGUUAGGUUUAGAAAAAAGACCAUGCUGUGGGUUAAAAUAUGUUAACUAACAUAAUAUGACAUAAAUUUGUCACGUGAGUGAUAUUGGCGCACAAUGACUGUGUGUAAAUUGUGUGUUGUUUUUUUAAAACAUUGGCUUUUGGUUUUAUACAGUGCAUAAGUGAAAUAAGGUAAAGUUAAAACAACAUUGACAUUUGGUUUCACAUGGGACACAAACGGUGAUCUGCUGGAUGAAGUCUUGUUUUGUUUGAUUCACCUCCCUCCCUCCCACUACUACGACACUUGCUUUCAGUGUCAAGUAUUGCUGCAAAUGGAUUUACACUGGAGUAAGUAAAAAGCCUGGUGUGUCUCAUAAAAACGAAAAGGUGCCUAUAGGGUCGAUCUCACACACCAAGGGGGGACAACCUUAGAGUAUUUGAAAACAUGAAAACAGGCCAGCUUUAGAAGAAAUUGUUGGGUGUACUUGUGAACUUUAAACACAUCCAGACUAAGUGUUUCCCCUAACAGCAGUCUUUAUGCCAAGCUAAGCUACAUAUUUUUCCAGCUCCUAUUUCCGCAAUGACAAAUCUGAUCACAAAGUGUUAAACUGUUCAUGUAUUAUGAUUUUUUGUCCUGUUAUACAGCCAAAUUGGCAUUCCUCUGGAAGCUGAGGAGAGCAGUACUCUUAGCAGGAAGCUCAUUUCUCCUGACCUGUGAUGUAAAUGCAAUGAUGUGGAGUAUAACUAAAGCAGUUAGCUGUCCUGAGCGUAGAAACCCUCAGGCAGGCUGGAGGAGCCAGACCAAUCAGCUGAGAGUGUUUCUAAAAUGAUAACACCAGGACCAUUGUUGCUCUCGCUGUGUUUUUCAGUUAUAUAA